AAUAUUCUUUGGUGUGCCUUGGGAGCCAUUCUGUUAGUCGGUAUUGCAGCCAUUUCGUAUUGGAUAAGAAGAUGCAGGACAUUACAAGUGAAGUGCCUCCAUUGCAGCCGGGCUGCAACGAGGAAGUCAUCAUCAAUUGCCGCCAACAGCAGAAACAGCUACAGCUACCGUUGCAGCAAGGCCCACAACCACCCAAUCAACCCCCACCGCCGACAUAUCAACGACCAGUUGCUAGCAACAGCACCAGCACCACCAACAACAAUAACUCAACUGCCCGACCACAGCAACAAAACUCACAAAACUCCUCCUGCUCGGCCUAUCCCUUGCGCAACGGCUCAACGACUCCGACGACCAACACCACCAACUGCAAAUGCGAUAGCCAAAAACUCAUCACUCGUUCCCAGUCAACGAAGGUUAUUCAGGAUUUGCAACCUCAUCCAUUACAUCAACUGAAGCAGCAGCAAUCGUUGCCCACGCCGUUGCACGGUCAUGUGGGUGGCUCACCCAAUGGUCACCCGCAUCACCACCAUCAUCAUCAUCACCACAACAAUCACUCUAAGUCGGUGUCGAUUUUGGUAUACAAAACUCUGAAUACGGUCUUCAAGAGCAGCCGCAAGAUCAUCGUUCGUGUCUGUGAGGUAGCCAGCGUCAAAAAGAAUUUCAACAUGUUCAAAUUCAACAAAGCGUCCCAGCAAUCGCGCGCCGAGGCUCGGGCAAGCACCUGCACAGGGCAUGACCAGUUUGUGCGGCCUCCCGUAUCGGAAAAAAAAGCCAAGCAUCUUAUGAAGAAACUCAACAAACAAAAUGGAUUGAAGCGAUCCAACUCGGCCAUUGAAUUCGAUAUAUCAGCAAUGACAGCAGCCAACCGCAGACAUAUCUACAGUAGCAAUCGUUCAGCAAGCUCAGAGCAAGAUAACUCCGAUCAUUCGGAGCACUCGGAGAAAUCGCCUUUGGUUAGCGCCAGGUUAGACAGUUUGGCUAGGAUAUUUUUUAGCAAAUCGAUGCCAGCGGAAACCGGAAGUAGAGAUACUCUAGAUUCAGUGCUAACAACAAGACCCAAUAUCAAAUAUCAGUACUCAGCAUUAGAUAGUGGCAAUGGCAUAGUCGAACGUUCGCCCCGCGAAAGGGCGCAACGUGAGAAGGCCCUUAAUGCUACGCAGGAAUGGAUACAAAACUCAAAUGGCCGUUACGAAGUGAUAGCCCAUUUGGAUGAGAUCGGUUCUAGGCAUGGGAAAAAUUGGUUCUUGGUAACCGAUUCUUCGGUGCGCACCGAUCGUUUGAUGACCAUGUUAACCCUGCCACCAGAUUGUGUUGCCUUUGAAGAUCUAUCACCCAAUGAUAGUCCCAAAAAUAUACUUAUGGAACUCUUGGGUUCCCUACAUCACCCUUACAUAUAUCCAGUGCUUGAUUUGGGUUUCCUUCAUAUCAGUUCGGGGAAUUUCGCCUGCUUGGUGACACCGUUCAAUUCAAGGGGAAGUCUCAAAGACUUAAUAUAUAAGGCCCAAUGGAACGAGCCAUGGUCACGUAAAUAUACGCGAAAACCCAAUGGCCUGCCAGUCACGCAAGUUCAACGCUUGGGACGCCAAAUACUGGAGGCUCUGCUAUUUCUGAAGGAGCGUGGCUUUCCCCUGCAUGGUCAUUUGCACAGUGGUAAUGUGAUUCUACAAAAUGGUGCUGCCAGAUUAUCUGGCCUAGAGAAUGGUUUACUUGGACUAUCAUCGCGCAUAAACGCCGUCAUGUGGUCACGUUCAACGACAGACAUCGAAAAUGUUGAUAUCAUUUGUUUUGGCCAUUUGCUGUAUGAAAUGUGUAUGGGCCAAGAAAUGACAACACCAAAACCGUCCAUGAGAGUUUUAGAAAUGGAAAUGGAACAUUUGCCACAGAUUCUCGAUGUUUUGGGUUUAAUAUUUGAACCGCCCAAUGGUGUGUGUCCUUCAGUCGAAGAUAUAGUACUAUGUGAUUUAUUUAGAUCGAUAGAUUUGAGAGAACUGAGAGGUCCUUGCUUUAAUACCAUCAAACCGAGCCUUAGCAGAUCCACGCUUAACCUUUUAGCGGCCGUCAAGAAGCGUCAGUGUGCUUCGCUGGGAAAUUCCUUUAGUGAGGCCAGCUCACCAUGUACUCCACCCUCAACGCCCCGAGAUCGUCGCUCCGGCUUGAGUAGAACAAUGGAAUCUUUCGAUUGCAUAUCAAGUGACUCGGAAGAAGGACUUCUAGAUGAAAUCAUAGUGGGUUGUAAUUUUCAAACCAAACACAUGAUGCAACGUCUCAAGCAGCAACAGCAUCAGCAUCAAAUGCUGCAGCAGCAGUACAAGCAUCAGCAGCAACAUUCCGCCUCACAACCCACCCUGGCUAUUGGCUAUUAUCACAGUCAGCCGUAUCUGUGUCACAAGUCUCCGUAUGAUCCCAUGGAAUCACCCAUACACUACUGUGAUAAUACCACCCAACUGGAUGACUACAGCACUCCUGAGUCUGGGGGACAAGGCAGCAGGGCAGAUAAAGAGAACCAGCAGCAGCAGCAGCAACAACAACCGAAACACAAUCGUUCGGACUCGCAUCAGCAGCAUCCCAUCAUGAUACGCUGCAGUUCAACAACCGAAAGUGAAUUGAAUUUGAAAAUGGCUGGCCAAAUGGUUGGCUCGGCAACAGCAAACCGUGGUAGUAUUUGCUCUUCGGAGAGCACCACAAGUGUAACUGGCACCACAAUCAUGUCACAUGAAGAUCAAUCGGAUCAGUCAUCCAUUACCACUCAACUGGAAGUUUCCGAUUACGAAUCCACAUAUAAUUUGAAAGAGAAUUUAAGUUUGAACAAUCUGGCAACGUCACAAAGUCAACACAGUGCAGCCAGUUCUCACAAUGGCUCGGCAGCAAUGGCUUCAGGAUCUGCUCCAUCAUCAGCUUCCUCAGUCGCCGCCGCAGGUCCAUCGUUCAAUCAUCAGUUAACGGCAGACAUGUGCAACUUUAAAAAUUCCAAAAGCCGUCGUUUGGAGUAUUCUCUCAAAUGCCUGAAAUAUGGCCGCAGCAAUCCAUCACAAGAUUCAGCCUUUGGAUCUCUGACCGAUAAUGAUCUCUCCUCGGGCUCUUCCUUUCGCUUAAGCAGUUUCCAAUCGAUUUCCUCGCCCAUUGAUGAAGGCGUGGAAGAUGUCAUAAUUGCCACCACCACAGCUGGUCAUGAAACCUGUUUGGAGUUGGCCACAAUACCACGAAAUAUGGUAUCACAAGAUUCAGCCAUAUCCUCACCAUGCCGUGAAUCAUCGCCCAGUAAUUUUCUGAAUAUUGAGGAAGGCUCCUGCUCGGGAGCCUCUAGUUCUUCUGGAUCGACGGGUAAUUUAAGGCCACAACAUUUUCCAGUAUCCCUGUCUCCGAAAAUUCUGGUAACUGCUACCACCAACUCCAGUAACUCGAGUCUGGCCUCCGCCCCUGGGUCCCAGUUGGCACAGCAACAACAGAACCAAACCCAACAAUUUGAUCCUCCCAAAAUAUUGGUGAAUGAUCAAAAUUCCAUUUAUACCACAUCGCCCUCCAAGAAAUCCGGCACCAUUGAAGUUUUCUCCCAAAAAUAUCGCGUGAGUUCCUUCGAGGACAUGUCGCCAUUGAAGAGAAGCUCCGGCGGGGACAAGCAACAUCUAAAGAAUGUCAAUCGUCUGGCUUUUCGUUCCCUCGAAGAGGAACGACGCAUUGACAAUGCCUUUAUACCCAUUACGGAUCGUGUGCAUUCGGAUAAUCGUGUUAAUGUGCAUAGCGAGAAGUACAAAAAGCUGACCCAUGCCUCAUUUCGCAUAAGCAAGACCUCUAGCCAGGUGAUAAUGUAUGACACCUCCCCGGGCCAGAUGAUAACAUCCUCUCCCGGCUCCUCCACCAUGUUGGCCCAGUGCGGCCAAUCUCUGGAACUGCAAAGACCGGCCACUGCUGCUGGAUCCUCCAGCUCUCGACAGACCAUGUGGCGUGAUAGUAAAUUCUACCGCAAGAAUCGCAUUGCCAAAUCGAAUGACUCCCUGCUGGAGACCUCACCCAAUCACUCGGCUCGCCUAUCACCCUCAUCGCUGAGAGACAAUCACUAUGACAGCUCCUCUUCCUAUGGCAGCCGCAGCCAUAGCAGACAAUCACUUAACCGCGGUGGUUCCAUCAAUGAAAUCAUGGGCUCCAAUCAAACCUUGGGUCCCGAAAUAACAGUGACCACCAGCUUUUGCAACAACCCAACUUCAUCACACAACAGCCGUCGGUACUGCAGCUCCAAAAGUGAAGACCUAGGUGACUCCAAUGACUAUCUAAGGGCCAUGGAUGCUCGCAAAUCAUAUUCGGAAAGGCAUUUGGUGACCUUCGAGACCACCUUAAAGCAGACAGCCAUUAAUAAUACCAUGCCCCUGGAUGGCAGUGACCCCUAUUAUCAAUCUGAGGAGGAUUUAAGCUUCAAAGAAGACAAUAAUUCGUACUCCACAACAGCUGGCAGUGGUGGAAAAUAUCAAAAUCAAAAUAUUCCACCGCCAUCAUCAUCGACGGGACAGCAAAGGUCCCAAUCUCACUCGCGUCAUUAUCAGCAGAUGCAAGGCAAAUCGCAUGCGGCGCAAAAAUAUAACUACGACUAUUAUCAUGGCAGCAAGCAGAGUUUACAGCAACAACAAUCACAGCACCAUCAACAACAGUCAAGCGCUAUGACUUCAUCCAAAUCCAGCAACUUUGCUAAGCGUUCCCACCCAAAUCAGCUAAGCUGGAGUUCGUGUUCGAUAAAUCGCCUAAAAACGACCAAUAUUAAAACCACCUCGUUGGCAACAUUGCCCAACUGCCAGCAGCAGCAGACCGCGAAAUCUGCCACAGCCUAUAAUCUCAGUCCACAGCACCAUGGACCGCAAUCGCAUGCACAGUUCACAUCAUAUCAUCACCACCACCAGCCACAUCGCUCGCCUUCGCCCAAGAUAACAUCUUCGUCCACAUCGCCUACUCCGUCUACGUCGUCCAACAACACAAACUCCAAUCAUUUAGAUACCACCAGAUCCCCCAAGAAAUCCACUUCACGUAAUCCCGUUGUGUUCAAAUCGUUAAACAACUCCACCUCGUCAUGCAGUGCGGCUACAGCUGGCAACACCGAUACGAGCAGCGACAACGGCAGCCAUAAUUUAAGCUUUGGCCUGGACACCUCCUCUUCAUCGCCCGAUGAAUCACCAACACGUCGUUCCAUAAGUGGCAUUGAGCUGGCAAAGAUUUUCUCGAUGGACACGAAGACUGGUUCCAAUGGCUGCAGUGAGGAGAAAACCCCUCUGCUGGACAGUGUGGAAAUGUCACCCAUUAGUCCCACCGGUCCCGAUGACGAUGAUGAUGGUGAUGCCGACGACGAUGACGAACGCGAAGAGGCCACCAAUAUAGAUGGCAACAAUAAGCAAAAAUCCGAUAAAAUGUGAUAAGCUACAACAAGAGCAUCCAAGCCAAUAUGGCAAAACGAGCACUAAGCUCCUCUGAGAGAAAGCCGGAGUUAGUCAGUCAGUUCUUAAGUAGUUGAGAUAAAAAAAUAUUCCUCCAAUUCCUUGGUAGUAAAUUAGGAAUCAGUUGACUAGCGAAACUAAAUUACUUAUGCUUAAAUCUUGUGUGUGUGAAAUGUUUCAAGUAGCUAGGAAAGAGCGAAGAGAGAGAGAGAGAGUAGAGGGGAGAAAAAAAUACUUUCAUAUAUGAAAAUUUCUUUAGGGACUAAACAUCAAAUUAUAGUCUUUCUAAUAUAUUGAUGUUAUACUGCCUGACCCACUAACUUUGUGCCACUCAAGUGAGUGACUCGAGUCAUUCAAACAUCUGUUUUUCAUUAAGGAAAUCAGAUGGUUUUGACAUAAGAGCGAACGAAAACUGCCCAUUUUCAGUGACACAAAGUUAGUGUGAUAGGCAGUUAAAGUAAAUUUUUUGAUUUAAUUCAAAUUGGACCUUUUUCCCCCUUUUUCAAUGGUAAGUAAGGCUCUUUCAAUAGUGUGUAUGGUGCUGAACGAACUGAACAAGUUCGCAUCAGUUACUCAUUUUCAGUCGUCAGUUCGGUAAGUAAACACGCACUGCUCCCAUUUUAGUAGCCACGUUCUCAUUAGGAACAGCAGCAAGCCACCUUAAAAAUAAGUGCAUAUUUUAGACAUACAGCGAAAGGCAGGCUCACACCUUAUACCAGCACUUUGUUGAUACUUACGACUCAGCGAUCGAUACAUUAAAUACUCCUUUAAAUUCGUUAAGCUAUUGUAAGUGUUUUUGCUGAUGAGCGUAAAAUGAUUGCUGAUUUUACAUUUUGAGCAAUACUCAGGGGGGCUCACAUUGACCGUAAAUGAAUACAGGGCACACACACAGCUGUCGUUAAAAGUUAUGAGAGCUGAAAUUAAUUUGUGUGCUUUGUAAUGGCUUUGGUAGAGAAAACAAGUAAAAGCGUGCUAAGUUCGGCCGGGUCAAAUCUUAUAUACCCUCCACCAUGGAUCGCAUUUGUCGACUUCUUUUCCCGGCAUCUCUUCUUAGGCAAAAAAGGAUAUAAGAAAAGAGUUGCUCUGCUAUUAAAACGAUAUCAAGAUAUGGUCCGGUUCGGACCAUAAUAAACACGUUUGUUGAUGGUCACGAGAGGAUCCAUCGUACAAAAUUUCAGGCAUAUCGGAUAAUAAUUGCGACCUCUAGAGGUUCAAGAAGUCAAGAUCCCAGAUCGGUUUAUAUGGCAACUUUAUCAGGUUAUGAACCGACUUGUACUUUAUUUAACAUAGUUGUUGAAAGUAACAAUAAAAAACGUCUUGCGAAAUUUCAGCCAAAUCGGAUAGGAAUUGCGCCCUCUAGAAGCUCAAGACGUCAAAUCCCCAGAUCUGUUUACAUGACAGCUAUAUCAGGUUAUGGACCGAUUUGAACCAUACUUGCCACAGUUGUUGGAUAUCAUAACGAAAUACUUCGUGCAAAAAUUCAUUCAAAUCGGAUAAGAAUUGUGCCCUCUAGAGGCUCAAGAAGUCAAGACCCAAGAUCGGUUUAUAUGGCAGCUAUUUCAGGUUAUGAACCGAUUUAAACCAUACUUGGCACAGUUGUUGGGUAUCAUAACAAAACACGUCGUGCGAAAUUCCAUUCCAAUCGGAUAAGAAUUGCGCCCUCUAGAAGCUCAAGAAGUCAAGUCCCCAGAUCUGUUUAUAUGACAGCUAUAUCAGGUUAUGAACCGAUUUGAACCAUAUUUGGCACAGUUGUUGGAUAUUGUAACAAAACACGUCGUGCAAAAUUUCAUUCCAAUCGGAUAAGAAUUGUGCCCUCUAGAGGUUCAAGAAGUCAAGACCCAAGAUCGGUUUAUAUGACACCUAUAUAAGGUUAUGGACCGAUUUGAACCAUACUUGGCACAGUUGUUGGAUAUAAUAACAAAACACCUCGUGAAAAAUUUCAUUCCAAUCGGAUAAGAAUCUCCGUUUUCCGUUUCCAACACAUCGAAAUAUCCAUUUCCGACCCUAUAAAGUAUAUAUAUUCUUGAUCAGCGUAAAACCUAGGACGAUCUAGCCUUUAAAAAUAGGGAUAUUGAGCUGAAACUUUGCACAGAUUCAUUUUUGUCGAUAAACAGGUUAAGUUCGAAAAUAGGCUAUAUCAGUUUAUAUAUCUUGAUAUACACGCUAAGCCCCUCGACAUACUUCUGCUAUAUGGCACAGACCGAUCUCUCAAUUUAAAUUUUUGGGUCCAUAAAAUGCGUAUUUAUUGCACGAUGUCGCUGAAUUUUGGGACAGUGCGUUGUGUUAGGUCCUCUGACAUCCUUCUUCAAUUUGGCCCAGAUUUGUUCAGAUUUGGAUAUAGCUGCCAUAUAGACUGAUCUCUCGAUUUAAGGUUUUGGGCCCAUAAAAGGCGCAUUUAUUAUCCGAUUUUGCUAAAAUUUGGGACAGUGAGUUGUGUUAAGCUCCUCGACAUACUUCUGCAAUAAGGCACAGGUCGGUCCAGAUUUGGAUAUAGCUGCCAUAUAGGCCGAUCUUUCGAUUUAAGGUUUUGGACCCAUAAUAGGUGCAUUUAUUGUCCGAUGUCGGACAGUGAGUUAAGUUGGACAGUGAGUUAAGUUAAGUUCUUCGAGAUUCUUUUACAAUAUGGCUCAGAUCGGUCCAGAUUUGGAUAUAGCUGCCAUAUAGACCGAUCUCUCGAUUUAAGGUCUUGCGCCCAUAAAAGGCACAUUUAUUGUCUGAUUUCGUCGAAAUUUGCGGCAGUGAGUUAAGAUAAGCCCCUAGACAUUCUUCUUCAAUUUGGCUUAGAUCAGCCCGGAUUUGGAUAUAGCUGCCAUAUAGACCGAUAUCUAGAUUUAAAGUCUUGGCCCCAUAAAAGGCACAUUUAUAAUCCGAUUUCGCUGAAAGUUGACACAGUGACUUAUGUUAGGCUUUUUGACAUCCAUGUCGAUUAUGGUUCAGAUCUGUUUAUUUUUAGAUAUAGCUACUUAAAAGAUAUUUUGUUAUACACAAUUGAAUAAUCACUUGUAGUUAUAGGGUUUUUGGUCCAAAUCGGAACAUAUUUCGAUAUAGCUGCUAUGGGGCUUAAGGUAUGCAUUUUUCACCGGAUUUUGACGAAAGGUGGUGGAUAUCCAAAGAUCGGCCCCACCGAACUUAACGCCUUUUUGCUUGUUUGAGCCCUAGUGUCAAUUUUCCAGAAUGCGCACUGUCUUCCAGAGAGACCUCCCACGGCUCUGAUGGCUUCGUAGAGUCUUGGCCUUAUAAGUCGCCCAAGCAGCGCAGUGGUCUGUACGAUGAUGGUGAUGGUCGUUCCUCCGUUCCUUUGCUAAUUAAAACCAGCUUUUACUUCUACCAAGCGUUAAAAAAAUAUGCCGUCUUGUAGGCAGCUAUUGUACAUUUUGCGCAGUACUUUGGGUCGAUUAGCUGCUUUAAUGACCUCUGCGGGUAUGCUAUCAGGGCCGUGUGCCUUCUUACUCUUGGUUUAAAUGAACUUAACCAUUUCUUUUGUGUAACUUAGCAGCAGAAGACAAUUUUAGCAAAUAACAAAGAUUUCAGCAGUCUGUCUGCUGUUUUGAAAUUGCAACCAUUUUGCUAUAACACCAGAACUACUGCUGUAAUAGCAGCGUAAUUUGCUAAUAGUAGUCAGCAGACAGUGUUGCUUAAUAUUACCUAGUAGACUUGUUUAGAGUGUAAAUGUGCAUGAAAAUUCUAUAGAUGUCUAUAUAACCUUCCUGGGACCCUUUAACCUUGGAACACUUAAAAUAAAUCAUAAACCAGUUCUAUAGAAUAUGUACAUCAAAUCAAUGAGUGUUAAUGCGUUCAUCUAUUUAUGGUUAAAUGUCAAACCUUGUUGAGCACUUUUGGUAAAGGCAAAAUAUUGCCCAUUAAAAUAAUUCUCCACCCUCUGCAUUAUCUCUCGCCCUCUUUCCUAUAGAUUUGAAAUAUGACAAAGAGAAAAUCUUAUGUAUUUUUCAAAUAGUACUAUUAUUAAGUAUUAAAAGCUUUCUGCAAAAACAAUAAUUUCUCUAUUAAAUAAUAAUAAAUAAAUGAAAAUAAAACUCUACAAUUAUUGUAUAUUUACCUUUACAAUUAUUUAAUGUAUUUACUAUUAUUAUUAUAAAUAAAAACAUGAUUAUUACUAUAUUAUUAAAAAACAAACAAAAAAGGUCCAUUUAAAAAAAUUAAAUUUUUUUAUUAGGCUGUUAAGGAAUUUUACUGUCAGCAAAAAAAAAAAGAGAAGAAAAAACCAAAAAACGCAUCUACAAAAAUGUAUUAAAGCAAAAAUGAUCAAGAAAAAAUACAAUAAACUCAUAUAUAUUGCGCACUUUAAAAUCACAAAUACACACCACUCACCUCCAUCCUUAUGAUUAAAUUUUAAGGAUCUAAUCGAUAUUAUACAAAACAAAAAAAGAUAGAAAAAAACAAAAUAAAAGCAAAGCAAAACGAAACGAAAAGCAAACGUUUUGAAAUUUAAACUUAAUAAGACUUUAGCUUCAAAUAAAUCCAAGAAAAUAAAUGAAAACAAUAUUCGAAAAUAUAAAGAAAUAACAUGCGAAUAAAAAAUUCAAACAAUUUUAGCUUACAACAAAAAACCCAAUAACAUUAUGGAGAUCACUUGCAACCGAAAAACAAAAUCUCUUAUAGAUUUAGGGAAUUUAAUCAAUGUUUUCAAACCCACAAUAACAUUAAAUACAAAAAAAAAAUAAAUAAAUAAAAAUAACCAUGCAAAAAACGGGGAAAUUUGAAACAAAUAGAAAUUUGCUAAUAUUAAAUUAGUUUUUUAAUUUUCAAUCUUAGUUUUAGUUAUUUAAAUAAGAAAUUAAAAUUAUAGAAAAAUUAAUGAAGAAAAUAAAAACCAAAUAAAAAACGAAAUUAAAAAAAAAAUAUAUAACAAAAUUUAAGCCUUGAUGAAGUUAAGUUUUUAGCGCAUUAGUUUCUAAAUUUUAGGUUUCCUAGAACGAUUUAGGUUUAUUUAUAAUGCAUCGUAGAGUCAUAGACGAACACUAACUUAUAUUCAUUUUUUUAAUUAUGCAAAAAUAUUGCCUAAUUUUUUAUUUUGGAGUUUAUAACAAAUUAUUCAUACAAAUCAAGGCAAAAUUUGGAAUCUCCCGAGAGGGAGUCAAUUUGUAAGUACACUUCCGAAAGUGCUAAAUUUGAUUGAGGCAACAUUAAGUUACUUCACUAAAGCCAUUGAAGAAUCACAAUGGACUACACUAUGCCCCCGGCAAAUAUCUAGCCAACUAAUGUCUGGUAUCAUCCUCUUCCAAACUAACCUGACCUAAGUAACUUUAAAUUUAACACGUAAAAAGUAGGAUGAAAAUGACUGUCUUUACCCAGCCAUCAAGAAAGGAAUGGUAAAAGUCUGAAAUGUCUGAAAAACUGGCAACUUUUUGGAUCACCCUCGUAUAUAUAAAUCUCUAUCCUGAAUAUG